AUGAACGAAGAAGGACAAUUUCCGAAUGAAGUUUUGGAAACACUACUUGCGGAGUUUGAUGCGACUGAAACAUUUUUUGAAAAUGAAACCAAUGAUGAGCCAAAUGCCGAGGUUGAUUUAAAUCUUAACUAUACACAUCAGGUAUUGAACUAUUUUGAUAAGAUUUUACGAAUGGAUGUUACUGCAAAAAAUGAAAUAAAAUGGGUCUCACAACCUUUCGUCCCUCCAAAACUUUCAAUCGACGAUAUUAUGCAAGAUUUACCAAUAUACAUUGACAUUCCUUCACCAUUACAUUAUUUCAAUCGUUAUUUUUCCGAUAGUGAUUUUGAAACUAUGGCAUUAUUUACAAAUAUGUAUGCACAUCAAAAUACGUCCUCGUGGAAAAAAAAUACCGAUAAAAUAUAUGAGAUACGAACUUUUAUUGCGUUACAUAUACUGACUGGUUGUUUACGUUUUGCUAGAAUUUCGAUGUACUGGGAUACAUUUAUCGGAAUAAACGUUUUUAUGAAUAAUAUGUCAAGAAAUCGUUUUUAUUCUCUUAGGUCUAAUUUUCACGUUAUAGAUAAUAUGAAAAUUCCAAAUGGUAAUAAAGAUCGAUUUGUAAAAGUUCGUCCCAUGUUUGAUUGCGUUCUAAAAAGAUGUAGAGAAUUAGUAAAAGAGCGUAACCUAUCAAUCGAUGAACAGAUUGUUCCAUUCACUGGCCAUUUAAAUGUGAAACAAUAUUGCAAGGGAAAACCAAAUCCGUGGGGCAUUAAAAUUUUCAUGUUGUGUGGCGCCAGUGGCGUAAUUUAUGAUUUUAUUAUCUAUCAAGGCAGCGAGACCGAAUUUUGUCCUCGAUUUAAAAAUAAAUUUGGUUUAGGCGCUUCAGUUGUUCUACAACUAACAGAACAUAUCGAAGAAAAUAAGCACUUUUUAUUCUUCGAUAAUUAUUUUGCUAGUUAUAAUUUGUUCGAAGUAUUGUUGCAACGGAAAAUAUUUGCAGCAUCAACCAUACGAGUGGAUAGAUUUUCAAAGCCCCCGUUUUUGAACGAUAAAGUGCUUGCUUCCAUAGGGAAAGGGGCAACACAUGAAAUUCGCAAUGAUGAAAAUACUAUCGCACUGUUAAAAUGGUAUGACAGUAAAUCGGUUCACAUGGCAUCAAAUUUUAUUGCAUCUGGAAAUGUAGACAAUGUCGAACGGUGGGAUAAAAAAUCAAAAAAAUAUGAUACAGUUGAACGUCCAGAAGUAAUUCAACUUUAUAAUAAAAGCAUGGGCGGUGUUGAUAAAAUUGAUCAAUUGAUAGCCUACUACCGAAUUUUUUUAAAAUCGAAAAAAUGGACUUUGCGUAUGGUUUUUCAUUCAAUUGACAUGGCGAUCUGCAAUUCGUGGUUGGAGUAUUUACAAGAUUGUAAUUUGUUGGGAAUUGAAAAAAAAAAGCAAAUGGAUUUACUGCAUUUUAAAAUGAGGCUUGCAGACAAUCUUAUAAAUUUGGGAAGAUCUGACAAUAUAAAACGACCUCGAGGACGACCAAUUAGCGCUUCAACUCCAUCGCCUUCACCACCAUCAAAAAAGAAAACGGCAAAAGAAUCAAAGCCGUAUCAAGAAACACGUUAUGAUAACAUAGGACAUUUGCCAACUUCUGGAGAAAAACAGAGAUGCAAAAUGGAGAAUUGUAACGUUACUUCAACUAUUGUCUUUAUGUGUUAA